GGCCAUGGGGGUGAUGGCGGCCGCGUUGCACUGCGAGACGCAGAGGAAGCGGUAGCGACGCGCCAGGCAGCAGCAGCAGCGGCGGCGGCGGCUUCGGCGGCUUCGGCGUCGGCUUGCGAGGGGAAGAGAAGCUCCUUGAGGCAGCUUUCACUCGCCCAAACGUUUGGUCGCCAGCACCCCAAAGACAAGCUCUUGGAAAACCGUAUCGAAGAGACAUCUCUAACAAGGCCAAGGAAGACGAGGAAGAGGAGCGAUCAGGGAGGAGCAAUCGGGAGGAGCAGGAGAGCGAGGCACCAUGGCGCAGUGCGCUCAGGGAGCCUCCGAGUUCCUGCAGGAUGUGUUCGUGCCGCGCGUCGCGACGCUGUGCAGCCCAGAUGCCGAGGCCGUGACGCGCAAGAACAACCUGAGCUUCCCGGAGCUGCUCAGACCGUUCUGCCGCCUCACGUCCGAGGUUCACCUGCGCGACCCCAACAACCAGCUGCACGCGAUGCGCGGCCUGCGUGUGUCCGUGUCGCGGCUGGAGACGCGGGCCCCGGCGCCGACGGCGGCACGGAAGAUGCUGAGCGACGUGGUGUCGGCGAGCCACGCCGCCGACGGACCCGUGGGCAACCUGCUGUCUGCCGGGGACUAUGACCUCAACAUCAGCGCGACGACGCCCUGGUACGAAGCGUACCGCGAGAGCUUCAUGCAGGUGCUCCCCGUGAGUGAGCACGAGUUCCUGCGUCACUACCUGGCCUGCAUGCUGGUGGUGUCGUCGUCUCACGCCGACCCCAUGGACAUGUUUGGGCGGCUGUCCCAGGACCAGCACCGGGUGCAGCACAGCGGGGACUACCCGCAACCCAAGUGGCUGUCGCCCAACACGCUCAAGUACUACGUGCUCGUGCACGACAUGGCGACGGGGGACGAGCGCAGAGCGGAGUCUGUGUACGAGAGCAUGAAGCAGCUGUACGGCUCUCAAGCGUGCCACCUGCUCAAGAUCAACUCCAGGCAGCCCAGUCGCGAUGGCGAGGAGCAGAUACCAGACCCCUGGAGCCAGUACUUGAACCGCUGCACCAGCCUGCACUAUGCGAGGUUGCUGGACGGUGGAGGCACAACGGUGGUCAGCUUUACGGAAGGAGAGGACGAGGUCACGGUGGCCGCCCCGAACGCUGAUCACGAUGGCGCUGGGCAGGGCUGCGACCUGCAAGCGCAUCCCCUGCAGCAGCCCCCGCCGUCGUCGUCGACACAGGGCGACGAGGCGGGCUGGGCGCCGGCGCCCGACGACGUGGGCAACUCGCAGCCGCACCCCGCCGACCCCCGCAGUACCCUCGGCGUUGGGGGUCCACCCCCCUUGGCCACGGCGGCUGUGGGGGGCUGCGGCGGUGGUGGCGGUGGCGGCGGCGGCAGUAGUGGGGGGGGCCCGCAAACCGCAGGACCCCGGGGCCUGUGUCUGACGCUGGCCGAUCACGAGCGCAUCCGGCAAUUUGUGCACGAGUUCACGGUGCAGGGCCUCCUACCGCACGUGGAGAGGAGCAUCCGGCAGCUCAACGACCAGCUGGUGUCACGCAAGGGACUGAGCCGCUCGCUCUUCAGCGCCACCAAGAAGUGGUUUGGCGGUGCCAAGACCCCCGAGAGAGCCGUGGCAGAGAGCAAGAACACCACGGGCCUCCUGUAUACAGCAGAGGCUCCUGAACUUCAGGUGCGAAAGAUGGCAGACCUGUGCUUCCUGGUGCAGCUGUACGACCUGGCGUACAACUGCUACCACACGGCCAAGAAGGACUUUGAGGGAGAACAAGCUUGGCUCUACAUGGCCGGGGCACUGGAGAUGGCGGCGUUGUCGGUGUUCCUGCAGCCCAGCGCACAGAGGCAGUACCCGGCGCACUACAUGGAGAAGGCCAUCCAGACCUACAAAGACAACUGCAGGAACGGAGCCCUGGCCGAGCGCUGCACGAUGCUCGCCGUGGAGAUCCUCAAGAGCAAGGGGACGUUCUCGGACGCGGCCUCCAUGCUCAUUCGGUUGAUCAGCGAGGACUCGGACCUCCGCUCGGCCCUGUUUCUGGAGCAGGCGGCUCACUGCUUCAUCAACAUGAGGGUCCCGCUCGCGCGCAAGUUUGCCUUCCACAUGAUCCUGGCGGGACACCGCUACAGCAAAGCCAGUCAGAGGAAGCACUCCCUGCGCUGCUACAGCCAGGCACUGCAGGUCUACAAGGGCAAGGGCUGGUCGCUGGCCGAGGACCACAUCAAUUUGACCAUCGGGCGGCAGUCCUUCACCCUGCGGCAGCUCGACAACUCCGUGUCGGCGUUCCGCCACAUCCUCAUCAAUGAGAGCCGGCAGUCGCCCAUCCAGCAGGCCGCAUUCCUGCGCGAGUAUCUCUACGUGUACAAGCACGUGAGCGGCGCGGGACCGGAGGACCCGCUCCCGCAGCUGCCCCUGCCGUACGUCGACAGUGCCGCCACGCGUCUCUUCCUCGGCCACGACCACAAACCCGCGCAGGGCGAGAUGCAGGCGGCGACUCACAUCUCGCUGGACCAGGAGUACGACCGCGAAGCGGCGGUGCAGUGGCGCGAGCUGGAGGAGGUGUUGGUGUCGGCGGCGACGGCCGCGCGGGGGGGCGGCAGCGGCGGCGGCCCCACGUCCGCCGCCUCCUCGGCCCUGGCCCCCUACCAGCAGUGCCUGAGCGCGCACACUGACAACACGCGCCCGCCCGUCGCGGUGCUGCACGAGCCCAUCACGGUGGAGGUGUGCUUCAGGAACCCCCUGAAGAUCCCGCUUGUCUUGACCGACCUGGCGCUGCUCUGGAAGUUCCAAGCACGGGAUUUUCUCUCCCCGGCGCCGGCCGACACCUCGCCAUCCGCCGUCACCAACGAGAAGAUGCCGGCAGGAAGUGACCUCAUCCACACGGAAGUCAAUCCCGAGUUUGUUCUGCAGAGCGAGGAGACCAAAACCGCGAGACUGCGUCUCUUGCCGAAGCAGACGGGGGAGCUGCACAUCUUGGGCCUCGUCUACAGCCUCAGCACCCUUCCCUCGGCGGCCGUCGACCCCAAAGAUCCCAUGAGCGCAGUGAAGGUGCCGGGAAACGGAAUGGUGGUGCGUGGCCGCCAGGACCUGGAGGUACAGGGCCCUCGGCUCAACGGCACGCUGGCCGAGAAGACGACCGUGCAGUACGGGCCCGACCGGCGGCUCGACCCCCUCGUCACCCCGCCGAUGCCCCUGCUGCAGGUCUUCUUCAUAAACUUCCCGUCGGCGCUGCUGUGCGGCGAGAUCCAGAAGACGCACGCGGAGUUCGCCAACGUGGGGUCGCGGGCGCUGCUCUCGCUCCGCGUCGCCUCCCGCAACCCCGAAUUCUUCACCUUCGGCGACGGCGCCACCGCCCCCGGCGCCACCGCCGCCGGCACCUACGCCACGAGGCCGCGCCCGGCCCAGCCCUGCGUCACCCCCGUGCCGCAGCAGCCGGCGCCGGCGCCGCCGACGCAGCCCCGGGGACGCCCCCCGGCGACGACGGCGACGCCCCACGGCAUCGUGGAGGUGCCGCUGCCGCACGGCCGGCUGGAGCCCGGCGCGACCCUCCGGCUGCCCAUGUGGAUCCGCGGGCCCGAGGAGGAGGGAGUCCACGAAGUGAACUUCAUCUUCUACUACGAGGGGGCGGAGAGGCACCCCAAGCUCAGUCACCGCGUGCUGCGGCACACGGCGGUGGUGUGCACCGCUCGCUCGCUCCGGCUGACGGCCAAAGCAGCACGGAGCCACCGGGUGCAGCGCGAUGCGCACUCCCUCCUGCUGCAGCUCAACAUCGAGAACCUCAACCAGGUGGAAAGCAGCGUGCGGGAGUUCCAGGUGAGCCAGGUGUCGAGCGUGAGUGGCGAGUGGCUCCUGUCUCCGUGCUUGGCUCCGCCUGCUGGUACAGGUAUUACGCUGGGGCCGCGUGAGAAGAUGAAACUGUGCUUCAAAGCGACGCGCUGCAAACCGGGGUCAUGCGAGGAUGCGGGCAAGCUGAUGUACACGGACGUGACCUUCGCUGACGAGCAGAUUCUGAGUUGGGCGACGCCCUGCUCGGAUUUUUUUGCCCGGAGCCGGAGAGGCGGCGACGAACCGGGCGCGGCGGCGGCGGCGUUGGCGGCGGCGGCGGCGCCGGCCUGGGCCCCCGCGGACUCCCCGGCGGAGCUGCACCGGCAGCAGCAGCAGGAGGUUGUGGUGAAGAGCAGCCGUGCCGAGAUCAGUCUCACGCUGCUGUGGAAGGCGGUGGUGGUAGAAGACAAGCGGCAGACAAUCGUGGAGGGGCAGCACCACGUGCGGCUGGAGGACAUCGGCACGGAGGUGACAUCACCACCUCUCCAGCAGCUGGUGACGGAGCUGCCCCCGCUGAGGUUUGUGCCGGAGGAGCCGGCGGUAGCGCCGGCAACAGGCCCCAACCCGGACGCGCUGAGCCGCAUGGUGAAGUGCAGCCUGCAGUACGCGCAGAGGGUCACGCACAACUUCACGGCCAACCGGCUGUGUGUGCUGCCCAUCAACCUCCUCCUCUACAACUGCUGCCCGGCCAGCGUGGAGGUGGCGGUCGACUGCAGGGGUCGCUCGUCCAUUGCGCCCGACAGCUCGGCACGACCGGAAGUACAAUCCGGCUUCAGCUGGUGCGGCCCCACGCAGCGCCGCCUGUCCUUGGGCGCCCUCUCCACGCACCGCCUCCGCCUCACCGCCGCGUUCACGCGGCCCGGCGUCUACAACCUGGGCACGGCGCGCGUGUCGGCACGUCUCCGCCGCGGCGAGGACGAUGCCGUGGCACCUACGGCCGCCGCCCAGCUCCCUCCGACGGCGACGGCCACCGGCGUUGGCGGCGACGCCGACGGUUCCCAGCAGCUGCUGGUGCGGCAGCACCUUCCGGCGCCGGCCUUCAUGAUCGUCGAGCAGGGCACGGAGGAGGCGGUCGAGUGAAAUCGAGCGCAGGGUGGAAAUCGUCGAAGGGCUUGGGGCUGCUGUUACGUAUUGGUUAGGACACCCUGGCGAAUCGAUCUGAUCGGGCGGCACUGGAGCUGAUAAAUAACGGACCGGUUACCCCCACCCGACGCCUCGGGGUACGGACGGCGCGGUUAUCCCACCGGCAGGUCACCUACGGCGAGUUGGUGUGGGUAACCCCACAUCUUACAAAGCAUCGGGCAAGCGUGGAAGAAUAGGUCAAAUACACGUGUCAGAGGGGACUUUUUUUCGUCGUGGAGGCCCUUCCGUCAGCAGUCGCAUGAGUGAGCGCUUGUUUGCAGAGGGCCGGCACCUUUACCCAUCCUGCCAGAACUGAGGGUGGGCGGGCUGGCAGGGGUUUCGGAUUCCGUUUUUGUUCACGAAACCAACCAUGCUAAUCGCACCUCCGAUGUGCACGGUGCGACAGAAGUUCAACAUAAAUACAGACCGUAGCCGUACCUCUACCGUAACUAACUAGCCCGCCAGACCCCCCCCUCCCCCCCGCCAGCCCUAUCGUACCAAGCUAGCUGACCAGACCCUAGUCUUACUCCUUACCCAACAAACUAGCUGACCACCUCCGAACUCCCGGCCCCUACGACACCAAACGAGCCAAUCGGACCUGAGCCCCAUCCCUGCCCUAACUAUCCAACCAUAUGCCAGCCAUGCUCUUUCCCUAUCUAGGCAAGCCAGCCUUGUAUCACUUGCCCCUUACCCUUGGCAGCUGGUUUCAUUGAACAACUUAACAUAAUCAUUAUUCCCCACGCACUGCUUACGUUGACAACCUGUGGGAGAGUACCACUCGAGUGUAGUAAUUAUUAUUUUAAUACCGGCACUGACCCUGAUGCACCGCCCUGCCCACUGUGCACGCUUGCAUUCAUGUUUCACCGCUGACUUGCACAGAAUUCCCGUCCAGCAAACUUACGUUUUCAAUCAUCGGUGUCCGCUAAGAUGUCACACGCAUCUUUGAUUAAUCCUAAAAUCCCUUCGCCUGUCAUAGCUUGCCCUGACUAUGACAGCAGCGAAAGUGCCCUCUGCAGCAGUUGCGUGCAACUUGGGUUGCAUCCAACUUGGGUUGCAUCGCUGCACGCGUGCAAACCUAUGCAAAACCGGUUGCUUGCAGUAGAGAACGGACUCUUACUUUAAAGCGAUCUGCUCGGUAACAAUUAAUUACGUGCACCUUUGCAAACCAUAAUUGGUUGUUACAAUUCUGUGAUUAGCACCAGGACAUGCCAUUUCUGCCAAGGACAGCACACCGGUGUGUUGGAGAGUAAACCCACUAUCGAUUUGCCGGGAGGGGAGGGGGGCCCGCGGUUGUUGGGCGCUCGACACGCAGCCGUACAUGGUGGGAACGAGCGAACGGAUAUACGGUCGAUUUUGGGAUUAGUGGGACAUUGGUGAGGGCUUUGUGAUUGACCGUGCCGAUCUUCUCUCAUUGCGGGCUCUGUCGGUGGUUCUCACACCGCGGUGCAAAGAUUGUGCAGCUCAAGUCUCGCUGUGGGUUCUUUUCGGACGUGUGGAUUUCUCUUUAGAAUGGCGAACGACUGCUGGGAUUUUAUAUUUAAUGUUCCUCCUCGCUCCCGCGGGUUUCCAAAAUCACUACUCUUCUCUCCCCCAAGUCCUCCAAAAUCAACAUCGCUCUGUGACGUCGGCGUUGGGGAUGGUGGCCGUGGUUUGUGGGCCCGAGCAGAAUGCAUUACCACCAGGGACUGGGAAAUAUUUGGCGAUGCCGGUUUCUGGAUAUGGCGAGUAAAAGUAGAUUGUGUGUGAUACGCAUAAGAUUAUUGUUUGAUUCACUUUUAUUGUAAGCAUGAAGAUCUAGGUGAAACAAUCUCAAGGUUUUUUUUGUGUUCCUAUCUCGAGUGGUACCAACCAGCAAAACAUUUGCGGUGGGGGGUGGGGGGGGGGUCCAUCGACUUACUCGCUGUUUGCUAAUUCAGUGGAGUCCGCGGAGUAUGCGGAUGGAAUUGGUGGCAGUCACGUGGCCAGGAUGAGAUGUUAAAAGACUCAGCUCGGACACGAAGCAGCUCUUCUCGAGUAGCUGCACACCGAGGGGACUGAGUCACAGAGGCUGAGCCGCACAAUCGUGUAGCUUCGUUAUGUCAUUAUAAUAAUAAAGACUAUAAAUUCAAGGUCACGUGUGUCGCCAAAGAUCUGCAGUUAAGUCAUUGCGUCGACGUAUUGAAGGCUGUGGGGAUGACAUCACGGUGACAUCACUGGAGCACAAUGACGUCCCCGCCGCCCAUGACUUCAAACUUUAGUUUUAUUUGACAUUGAGGAGGCUUAAAACCUAACGACGCAGCUUAGUUUGCCCCCAUCCCCUCCUCCCACAGCAGUUGCCUGUCUACUUUGCAUUGUCUGUGAACGCGAUUUCAAACGAAGCGAGCAAACGUGGAGGGAUUGAAACGCACACUCAGCAGCAUCCACUGAAUGUAUUUUUUGCGUCGUCUCCGUUCGUUACCUUGAUUACAAUUCGCCGUUCGUGAUUACAACAACAAAAAAGUAAUUUCAAUAGCGACAAAUUUAUCCGGCCCCACUGAGUGUGUGCAGCCUGCCCCAGUUCAUUUGGCGAGACGAACCACAAAGUCUGUCGCUGUCCGGUGUGUUAUUCGGGGAGUUUGUACCCCGCGUGUCGUUGGGCAUGACGACUCUGACCACGUGGGCCGUGGGACAUCGCUCGUGGGCGAUCUCCCCGCAUGCCGCGUCAGCCGUGAUACAGCGCAACCCGCCAGAGCCUCACGCUAUAUGCUUCAGGCCACUAACUCCCGAUCGAUGUAUUGCACGCGUGUGCCAAGUCCGGUUUGGUUUAAACACGCGGGCGGGCGAGUGAAUGAAUGAAUGAACGAACGAGGUGGCGUUGUCGUGUUGUCACAAGGAUGAGGGUCCCUUUCACGGAACAUGGGCCACUUUAAAAGCAAUGCACUCACGGUUUAUAAAUAAAUCAACAAUAUCCACUUUCGACAGCUGAGAAGCGUGUUUGCGCACAUGCCGAAUGAUUGAAAUAUAUAUAAUGAUGAUAUAGGCCUAUUCUUUACAAUGCUGUAAUAUAUUUAUAGUUGAUCAUUAAUAUCCGAGUAAAUAAAAGUAUGUGGAAAUCUU